UUUCAGUGAGACACUUAGUGUGUCAUGUUUUUGUUGUAUUUUCCCUCCGUUAUUUAAACAGAGCUUGCACUGGGGAAGGCCAUUAUAGAAAGGGGAGCCAAAGUAUAUGAGGCAAGGAGGAUAAUAUAUUUAGAUGUUUCCAAUAUAGCUGCAGCAGAAUCUUCCUCUCGAAGCCCUGCAUGGGCUGAAGAGGUGCUGCUAGUGAGGCUGCAUUACACCUAAGGGGAGAGCAGUGCAGCUCUAACCUACAGGCUGGUCGCGGCACCAAGAUGCACAAUAAAAUCCAUUGAUACUGGGGAGCUGGAGGCGUGGAACAGCUUCUCUCUUCUUCCCCACGUGCUGUGUCUCCACGGCAACCGCCGACACAACGUUCCAUUGGGAGAAUGUAGCAAUUUUCACUUUGAACCAAUGAAAGCCCAGAGGGAUGAUUCAGCAGCCAAUGAGAAGAGAGAUGGGGGGGUAGGCGGUGGAAGGUGCAAAGAUCUACGCGUGAGCCUGGCGGUACCUGGUCGAGCCUGACUCGGAGCCCAGGAGGCUGGUUCGGUCGGGUCCAGUCCGUGAGGUAUCAGCUGCCGGUGAGUCUGACUAUCCCGAGACUGAUCCAACGCCUGACGUUCGGGCAUGUGGGAGAGAGAUGCGCUGCCCGGUCCAAGCUGAGGUGCCGGAACAAAUCGGCCCGACCCAGAAGUUAUUGAACCUUUGAAGGGCUUCCCCAAGGACUGAUUCCCGGUUCCGAGGUGAACCGGGCCGUAUAACAUUAUUUGAAGAAAGGAGAUGAGGCCCAGUUCAAACACUGCUGACUGCAAAUAACUUUCUCAAGGGAAAGGGGAGACCAGAACCCAGCAGACCAAGGCCAGUGCAUCCAGAGAAGGAGAGAUCAGAAGCAGUGCACCAAGAGGAGGAGACUCCAGAAGCCAUUAGAAACAGGUCAAAAUACAGAAAGGGAAAAGCAACUGGAAUCCACCAGAAACGGGUAGAGCUACCAAAGGAAGAAGGCACCAGAACUCAGCCGAACCACGUUCAGGGGUCAAGGAAAGGAGAGAGCAGAACCCAGUCACCGUAUCAAGGAGACGUGUAAUUAGGGCCCAUCACAGACCAAGGUCUGCUUAUCCGAGGAAGGGGAAAGCAGGACUCAAGAGGACAGAUGAGAACAGAAUGGACUGAAUGGCGGAAGACGGCAACAGUUGACAGGGUUGAUUGUUGUGGAGAAAACAAGGCCAGAUCAACUUGCUUUGCGGGACUGGAUUCAGCCAAGUGAGUGAGGCUAAUUAGGAGGUGGCUGAGCCAAGGCUAGAGGGGUUUGUUCCAAAGCCUGGUUGGGGUUUCUACAUGUAACCACGUCUGGUUUGUGUGAGGAGCCAGGAAGCAGAAGGAGAGAUCACAUUGGGCAAUGCCAGAGAUGACCCAGCCCAGCGAUGUGCUAACACCUCCUCCCACUGCCAGCGCUUCCAUGGAUGGCAAUGUAGUGGCCAUCAUCAUAGCUGCAACAGUUUCUUCAUCUGUGUUUGUAGUGGCGAUAUUGGUGCUGCUACUGCUCUUGUACCACCGGGACCCCCUGUGCUGCCAGUUCCUCUGCUCCUGCCGUUUCUUUCAGAGUCCCAGCCAAUAUGAUUGUCCUCCUCCAUACUUCAGCAGUAACCAGCGGCUGGUGGGACCCCAAUCGGGAGCACAGCCAUUGGAGAGCCCUGCAGAGAAUCCUGGGGUGCAGGGAGAUGAACUAUUCUGCGUUGGACCCCCCAGCAGCUAUCAGCUCCCUCCCUGGGAGCAGCUCCGCUUGCCAAGCUAUGAGAGCGUGCGGAAGAAGGAUCGGCAGCGGGAGAUCCAUCAGCUAAUUGCCGAGAGGUUUGGACUGUGGGUAGAGCCCUCCCAGGAGCUGCCACCUCCUUAUGAGCAAGCCCUAAGGCAUCCUCCAGCUGUCCCAGGAACUGGAGCAGGGUCAGAGUUACCAGAUGGACACAGAUUGCUGGACACGUUCCAGGCCUCCGUCAGCUACCAAACUCAAAGGAACACAGCUGUGUAGAACGGGACUCAACCCUGGAACACUUCCCCUUCCUUCUGUGGCAAGGUCAGCAGGGCCUGUGCUGUCUCUCCCUUCCGGCAGGGCGGAAUGGAACUUCAUGCCUUCAUCCAGUCACACACAGCUGAGAACCCCUUGUGCAAAUCACAGGCAAAGCAAUGGAGAUUUCCAUCAACUCACUCCCCUACAAGAACGAAGGUGGAGUGAAUACCAGGAUCGAUUUAGCAGCCAUCUCUCUCUCUCCCAGAAACAGUGGACUAAACCUGAGGGGAUUUCUGCUCCACUAUUUUCACUCUAGUA